AUGCGACUCUCCAUAAUUGCCAUGCUUUCCUUCGGCGGCCUUGGACUAACUGUCUCCGAAGGAAGGCCUGGCAACUCGGGUGGAUCUAUGUCAAUAGGCAAGUUCGAAACUUGGUCCGAACCGUUGCCUCUCGGCCCGCCUUGCAACGUGCAUUUAAAGUUCGAUGACUAUUAUAAGUUCAUCUGGUAUCACGAGAAGGGGGAAUUCAGCACAAGGUUCACGGUCUGGUACUGCGCUGGGUUGCUGCACAGAAACCAGGGUGACGACGUCCAAAAUGCCAAAGCGGCCCUUGCGCAGGUGCUGCAAGCUCAAAUGGAUUCUGAGUUCGAGUCGGCUUGGUAUGGGACUUACAAAGUGUCGCUCGACGCUCCUGAGCCCACGGAAAACUCGACUUACUGGCCGCCCGAGAUAUAUACGACUUACGAUCCGAAUUGGAGAGAGUUCAUCGGAACCCAGCUGAUCCAGAUCGUUGAGCUUUUCUCAGGGCUCCUUGGCAAACAGCUUGUCACUCAGAUCGAAGACUCGUUGGAGAAUGCCGCGGUGGGUGCAAUGCGGCGUAAUGGCACCUACCCGUUGGACGACAACCUGAUAUUAGGAUACUCGAAUCCGGCGCUCAUGCGCGCUCUUGUCGUGGGCUGGAUCGGAGCUCGCCGAAAUAAUUCGACUUACAUUGCCUACGCCGACGAGCAAGGAGACCUGCUCCUCGAGCUGUUCAAGGGAGACGGUUACAAUACCCUGGGCGAGUAUAAUGCGCCAACUUAUUACGGCAUGGAUACAUGGGCGCUGGUUGCCAACAUCGCCUACGGGCCGAAGGAUGCGACCAUGACAAAACAUUCGGAGUAUAUUCUCACCGAGUUGUGGAAAGACAUCGCAGACCAUUACAACCCGCUUUUGCGGAACAUGGUGGGGCCUUAUGACCGCGCGUAUACUAGGGACAUGACUGGCCACUCUUCUGUCCUGUCGCUAUGGUGGUGGAGCAUGUUCGGUCGUGAGUACGGAGGGCAGCCGCCGCUCGGUGAGCCCGACCUGCUCUACGAUGUGAUGCAGGGUGCUGCAAUCGCACUUGUCUCAGAUACGGCGCUCAAGUACAUCUCGGAGGACACUGCGGAGGCAUUGAAGGCCACAGGGACCUGGCCAGGCGAGCGUUUUCUCAACAAGACUGUCCGAGAGUCCCUUGACACAGACGUGGUCCGAGUCGCCACGUCGUGGCUCUCGGCAGAUGUGAUGAUUGGCGGUAUAGUCCAGGCAGAGACGGAAAACCGUGGCAACCAGUUUGUUCCUGCAAUAGUGCAUUGGGCCUCGGACCCGAAAAGGACACCAUCUCCCUACGUCGGCUUCUUCUCGCUGUACCCGACUGCCUCGACCAUCGAUGCUAGAGCUGGACCGAAGACGUUGACAGUGUCAUAUCCGAACCCGACACAGGAAGGCAGCGACAUCUUCACAUUUGCGGUGUCUGGCAUCCCACCGAGCUUGGCGCUUACCGGGAAAAGGAUCACAGGACUGGAGAAUCUUCCGUGCUUGAGUGUCAACGUGUCCGCUCCGGGCUUAGAGGCGUUGCCCGUGACAGCGUCGACUAGCACACUGCAAGAUCAUUCCUAUUAUAAUGUGUCCUAUGUGGUCCCAUCUGGCUUUGACGGAAUACCACUGGUGCAUCUGGAGUUUGAGUAUACUUGCUGA